AUGGCUCUCAGCUCACUGUCUAUACAACCCCAGGGGCAUAAAAUACAGGUUACUCUUUUGUUUCCACAAUCAAAGACUCUGCACUUAGUUUUUUUGUGUAGACUGUCCCUCAUUGUGUCUGCAGAGCUCUGCCCAUUAUACACAACCUUAAUGUAAUUCCAUAAUGUUCCCCGCCCCUCUCUAAUCCUUUCUGGCCAUUUGGCAAACUGUAUGGGGGGGUAGAGAGUUCAUUGUACCUUCCUAUUCAUGCAAUCAUUUAACUUGUGUUGCUACUAUAACUGUAGACUGAAUCCCCAACAGCAGCCCAACAUAACUGGAAUAUGGUGCCAAGUAGACACAAGUAUGAGAGGUCCUGGACCCGUAUGUUACCCUCUGUGCACCUCAGAACUCAGCUACAUUAUUGCCCACAUUCUGAUGGGACCUGAAGGCCACAUUGUCCAUUCCACCAUUGAGCCAUGACAGGGUACAUCCAUAAGUACUCUGCUGCUGCUCAAAUCAAACGUGAAUCCUAAAAUCUCUAGCUUUAGUGAUGAAAAAUAAAUGCCAUUAGUAGGCAGGAGCAACCGGGUUUGGAGGAGUCCACAUCUAUAUAUAUUGGGCCAAUUAGAGUUAUGCUGUUGCAACACUGCACUGUAUGUCUAUUUUGAAGAAAUAAACCAGCUCUUGGUUUUAAAUAUAUUUGCUUUAUAUUUGAUGAUGGCAUUUUGUCCAUUAUAUUACUGUGGAAAUAUGGAAUUAAGAGCCAGGACCCUCUGAAAUCCAGCAAAUGAGUGAGUACAGUUAACAUAUUUUGGAUGAAGUUUGGGAAGUGGCACAUUCCAUUGUUGUGUAUAUUGUGCUCUCACAGGAGGAAUUAUCCUGCUGUUUACACAGAGACAGAAAGACUGAUCCUGAUGAAUCCCCAGUGAUAUGUAAAUGUGACAGACUUCAGACAUCCCCUCCACCAGUCAAUCCUCAGCCAAUGGUGACCAUUCCUUCAAAUCUUACUCCCACCAAAGGGGUUGGGUGUAUGCUUUUAAAAUAUUCAGACAUAGACAAGGACCAUCAUACGCCUCACCUGUGCACAGGUAAUCAAGCUGUGCUUGCCCGGUGCCAGCUUAAAGAUUUCUUCCUAUUAAUUGCUACCAUAACAACAAUGGAAGCCACCGGUACAGAACCAGGUAAGGUAGAAACUAUAAGUGAUAGAGAAUCACCAUGUGGUCUGGAAUGGAACUCGGGCAUGAAGGUCAACAGCUGGAUUUUAUGACCAGAGAUAAGUUUUAUUUAUUUAAACACAAGUUUACCUAAAUAUUAAGUAGCAAAUCUUUCAUUAGUUCUAUGCCAAACAAAUCCAUUAUAAAAUAUAUAUAUAUUAAAAACAAAUUAAAAAUACUAAAAAACUAUUAACCCACAAUUUAUCUAUGGUCAUAGAAUAUUUUCAUAGUCAGGCUUUCUGUUACAUAUAAACGCACUCUUAAAAUUUGUAUUUUUUAUUUUUAUUUUUUAUUUAUUUUUUAUUGCUUAUUCAAUAAAUUGGGGUAAAUGGAGAAAGGUAUUUGCAAAGUUUAGACCAAAAUACAAAAGUUGUAAAAAGCAUAGGUGAAAAUAUUUUUCAGCUUUGUUAAUUUGGACUAAUCCAUUCUUUUCUCUCUGUGUAUAGUUCCUAGUUUAUUGUUUAUUUUAUAUUCAAUCCUCAUUUUAAGACAUAUCUUUAUGGAGGAGUAUAAUCUGUAUCAUUGUAAGUAUAUAUGUUGCAAUUUGUUUUGAAAUGUAUUUACAAAAUAACCUGUAUAGUGCAAAGUGAAUUAACAUUUGUUCUUCCAAACAUGGCCACUGUCUCCAUUUAAAGUUACUUUUUUGCUGGGAGUUUAAAGUGGCAGCAGGAGAUGUUAGAUGGGGGAGGGAAUAGACGUUUCCUUUCCUACAUAGGACCAACCCUAAAAAGAGGCUCUCAUUGUGAUUUGCUUUGAAUUCCAUCUCAUACACUAAUUUGGUUUGGUUUUUGCAUUGUCUCGAAAUUAGCUGUUUUUGUGAAUCACUGUGAAAGUGCCUUUCACAUUUUAGACUAAAUUACGAAAUUCACAGGGAAACUCAAACUGCUAUUUGCUUAAAAGGAACACUUUAGACACCAUAACAAUAUCAGAAUGAAUGAUACCCUUAGCUUGUCAGUAGCUCCGCAAUUCACAACAUGGAGUAAUAUGUAUUUUUGUACAUCUUUUCUCUCUUAAAGGAAUACUCCACAACCUAUUUUGAAUUUUUUUUUUUAAAUUAAUUUAUUUAUUAUUAACUGCAGCCUUUGCAAGCCCUACACUUUUUACUAGGAAGAGACUUUCAGUCAUAAAGCACGUUAGCAAGCUUUUCUCUGAAAAGGCAGUGCUUACAUUAAAUGCCUGCAGGGACAGGCAGUAGACACCAGAUCAACUGCAAUAAGCGGUCAUUGUUCUGGUGACUGUAGUGUCCCUUUAAAAUACAUCUUGAAUGCAUUCUAGGCUCGGAAUAUUGAUUUGUAGUUUAUACAGUUAACUAAGUUUGUAUACUGUACACAAAACACACAUAUCCAUUUACUUAUCUCAUGGUCUUCAGCUGCUACAAGAGUAAGGGGGUGGAGAUCAUGUAGAUUACUCUCUGGAAGGUCCAAAGUGUACAAAUAUAACAAGCCUUAAUAAAUAAAUAAAAUAUACAAUUCAAUGUUAUGUGCAAUUAUGAAUGGCUCACACAUUUGCUGCCAUUUAAACACAAACAAAAACCUGCCUUGUUCCAUACAUCCUGUAAAUUACUAAUUAAUUACAUUACUACACACAGUUCAGAUGCUGAUGGGGAAUCUACUUAUAAAAUGUAUACAAACCUUGAAUGGAACAUAGAUUUUUAUUGAGUACAUCCUGUGUUUAUGUAGAUUGAACUGCAGUGAAAAAAACUGAUAAUCAGAAUUCUCACUUCAGUAAAUAAUCCUGUUAUUUACUAAUGUGAGAAUUCAGUGUGAAUUUCAAUUAGGCUAUUGAUGUCUAAAUUGAAAAAGAUCUGUAAAUCAGCUACCCUGGCCUUAAAGGGACACUAUAGUCACCAAAACAAGUUUAGCUUAAUAAAGCAGUUUUUCUUUAUACAUCAUGCCCCAUGAAGUCGUACUACUUAAAUAGCUACCAUUUAGGAGUUAGCCCCUUAAGGACUAUACCGUACUUAUUGGGGUGGCUCUAAACGCUGGAGGGCAGCAUUGAAUGUCUCCGCCGUCAAGGGCUCUUACCAGGUCCACGCCGAUCCCACGCCAGUGGUCCAAUUCUAGGGACUGCCUGGAAGCUCAGGCAGUCCUCCUCUGUCCGAUCCGGCACUCCCGGGCCAUGUGAUCAGGGUGUCCUCGCGAUCACAUGGCCAAAAUAGCCGGCUUAUGCAGUGCCUGCAGAGGGACUGGCUGAGCUCUCAUCCUGUCCCCCUCAUGCCUGCAAAAAAGUUUUUAAAAGUUCUAAAUCAGUUUUUAAAUUAAAUAAAAAGUACUUUGAUUAUAUAUAUAUGUAUAUGUGAUCUAAGUAAUUUUACACACACAUACGCAUACAUACAUCAUUAUUCAAUGUACCCCAUUCUUGGCAGGUUCUACUCUAGCAGCCUAAUGCUUGCACCCUAUAAUGUAUGCAUGUUCAGGUGAGUGCAGCCCUCUUGGUUUCAUUUAUAUAUAUAUAUAGUUAAUACAAUGUUAAAAAAAAUUCUGCACACCAGUCAAGCCAUAAGACUUGCUUUUCACACAGAAAUCUCACAUUUGCAGUGAUGUUACUACUGCAAGGGAUUCUGGGUGGGCAUAUGCAAAUUAGUUUAACAAAGAAUCACAUAUUUGCCUCAUUCCAUUUUAAACAUGGAUUCCUUUGAGUCUGUGUUUGCUGUAUACAACUGCUUUGAAACACAACUUAGGAAAAGAUGCAAAGCCAGUGAACCACUCAUGGACAGCUGUUUCAUUGUUAAUGCAAAUCAUCAGUAUAAGGUUGAUUACUGGUUUGCUAUUGAGGCUUGGUAGUAUAUAUAUAAUUUAUAUAAUAUAUAUAUAUAUAUAUAUAUAUAUAUAUAUAUAUAUAUAAACACAAGAUCCAGCGCACUCACCUAUAUAUAAAUAAAAAUAAUAAUAAAAAAAAUAAUAUAUAUAUUUAAAUUCCACAAUUAUAUUUAUAAAAUAUUUUUACCUAAUUAAGUCAUUUUUAUUUAUUACAAUAUGAGGGACCUGCCUGACAACCCAGACACAAAGACCAGUGAAUUUGAUUUGCAAGCCCUAUAUUUAACCUUGUGACUUUCCAGGACACCAUAAAACCUGUACAUGGGGGUACUGUUUUACGCGAGAUAAAACAAAUAUUAGUGUUUCAAAAACAGUAAAAUGGUAAAUAUUAGUGUUUCAAAACAGUAAAAUGUAUCAGAACGAUGACAUCGUCAGUGAAAGUGCAGUUUUUUGCAUUUUUCACAUACAAACGGCACUUUCACUGAUGAUAUAAUUGGUGUGAUACAUUUUAUUGCUUUGAAACACUAAUAUUUGUUUUCUGCGAAGUCUCCCGAGUAUAACAACAGUACCCACCAUAUACAGGUUUUUUGUGUUUUCAAAAGUUACAGAGUCAAAUAUAAGGCUUGUGUAUCCUUUUUUUUUUCACAUUGAAAUUUGCCAGAUUGUUCAAAUUAGUUUUUUGCAUUUUUCACACAAAUUUCAAUGUGAAAAAACUGAAAUAUGUAACAUUCUAUAUUUGACCCUAUAACUUUCCAAAACACCAUAAAACCUGUACAUAGGGGGAACUGUUUUACACGUGAGACAUCGCUGAAUACAAAUAUGUGUACUUUAUUGCAGUAAAAGUAAAUCUUAUUAUGGCAUUCACAGUUCAUUUAAUAUGAAUAAAAUAUAAAAAAAUGGGAGAAAUUAAAAACUUUUGUUAUUUUUUUAGUUCUGCAUGGCAUUUUAUGUUUCAUAGCUAAAUGUAUUGUUGAUGUUAAAUGAAAGCCCUAUUUCUCCUGAAUAAAAUGAUAUAUAAUGUGUGCGUGCACUUAAUAUAAAAGAUGUGAAU